AUGACCUCGAUUGACGACCUCGGCGGCAACGGCCCUCGGCUGCCAACUCGGCCCGUCAACACGGGCGUGCUCCCCGUUCUGCCGCCCGGCGUGGAGCAGCCGGACAACAACUCGCGCAGCAAUGCCGCGACAGCCGCGUCGGCCGCCGGCAUGCGCGCAUUCACCGCCCAGGCCGUCGCCUUUUACUUUCGCGCGCCGGCAAAGGCCUUCUUCCGCAUGCGCGUCGACUACCUUGCCUUUGCGCGCAACAUCCACCUGGAGCGACAGCGACAGCUCCAGGAGGCCGCAGCCGCGUCGCCCUCCAGGCUCAAGGACGUCGUGCUCUGGCUCCGCGGCACCACGCCCGGCGUGCUGACCACCGCCAUCCGCCAGCAGGGCUGGUCCGUGGUGCCGGAGCACGUGCUGCCGCCGCUCAUGGCCAACGUGGCCGUCGGCGCGGUCCUCUACUCCAGCUACCUGCACAUCCUCGGCCAUCUGCACGAGGAGUCGUCUCGCGCAACCAAGCGCGUCUACCCGCCCCCGUGCCCUCAGGACACCUUUGCCGCUGGCUUCAUGGCCGGCUGCAUCCAGAGCUUUGUCGCCGCCCCGCUGGACGCCAUCCAGGCGCGCUACGACCAUCGUGCAUUCAUGGGUGCCGAGACCACCGCCGCGUCCGCAUCCGCAUCCGCAUCCGCAUCCGCCAAGCCGCCGAGCAUGUGGGCCUUUGGGUCGGCCAAGCUCCGCGAGAUCGGGCUGCGCGGCGUCUUUGCCGGCUGGAGCAUGUCGCUGGCCAAGGACAGCUUCGGCAACGCCGUCUUCUUCUCCACGUUUGAGUACAUCAAGGCCCAGAGCUACUACAAAUUCGUCAAGUGGUACUACGGGGACCUCAGCGAGGCCAUGGUCGACGUGCUGUCCAGGCGACGGCCUUGGUCUCUGGGCUCCGACGCCCAAAAUGCACCGCAGCCGCGGUCCAACGCCGCCGCCAAUGAUUCGGCCGCCGCGCCGACGGUGAUCCGGCCGCACUACGCCAUCGAGCCCGUCUUCCUCCUCGCCGCCGGCGUGUCCGCCUCGAUAGCGCAGCAGGUGGCCGUCUACCCCAUCUCGCAGCUGCAGCUGGAGCACUUCAACCACCUGGAGGACCUCGACGCCGAGGCGAGGCGGCACCGCGCGAGCCCGGACAGGCGCGGCCCGAGCAUGUGGCGCGCCUACUACCGCGCCUACCAGGAGACGUGGGCGCAGUGCUCGGCCGUCGCGAGGUCCCAAGGCACACACGUGGCGUCGUGGCUUUAUCGCGGCUUCUGGUGGAACACGCUUCGGCAGGUCCCCAGCACCAGCGCGGGCCUCAUCAUCUUCGAGCUGGUGAGGCGCAAGUACGGUCUCGGCGGCGACGAGGUCCGCAUCACCAAGGACGGUUAUGAUAUCCUGCUCAGCUGA